CUUAAGCAAAGUACUGGGCCGCACAUAUUUGAAUGUGGCCAAGUACCCAGUUGGAAUUCGGUCUCAUGUACAAGAUGUGAAAAAGCUUUUAGAUGUUGGUGGGAAUGGUCGUCGCAUGGUUGGGAUAUGGGGGACAUCUGGAAUAGGGAAGACAACAAUUGCAAAAGCUAUAUGGAAUGAAAUUGCCCAUAAGUUUGAAGGAAGUUGUUUCUUGCCAAAUGUUAGAGAAGGAAGCUUAGUCCAGCUACAGGAGACUCUUCUUGAUAAGCUUCUAGGCAAAAAUUUGAAAAUUGGCAAUGUUGAUGAAGGAAUCGGUGUUAUAACAGAACGGCUGAGGCAUAAAAAGAUUCUAUUAAUUCUUGACGAUGUGGACCAAUUGGAGCAGUUAGAAAACUUGGCUGGAGAUGGUUGGUUUGGUGAGGGUAGUAGAGUCAUCAUAACUACAAAAGAUAGGGGAUUGCUAGACAACCGUGAAAUUGAGUUGAUAUACAAGGUGAAGAAGUUAUAUUACAACCAAGCUCUUGAGCUUUUGAGUUGGCAUGCAUUUGGAAGAAGUGAACCUCCAGAAGAUUAUUUGGAACUCGCACAACGUGCAAUAGCUUUUGCUGAUGGCCUUCCACUAGCCCUAGCAAUUUUAGGUUCUCAUCUUCGUAAUAGAGGAAUACGACGUUGGCAAGUUAUAUUAGAUGAUUACAAAGGAGAACCUUAUACACAUAUUGAAAGAAUACUUCAAAAAAGUUAUGAUGCCUUGGAUCAUCGCGCAAAAGAAUAUUUUCUUGACAUUGCAUGUUUCUUUAAAGGUGAAUAUGAGGACUAUGUGCUACGAAUAGUACCCAAAAUAUUCAUUGAAGAAUUCGUUGAUAAGGCAUUGAUAACUAUUGAAGGGAGAAUGAUUUUAAUGCACGACUUGCUAGCAAACUUGGGCAAGGAUAUAGUUCACAAAGAAUCCCCCAAUGAUCCUGGCCAGCGUAGUAGAUUGUGGUUUUACAAGGAUGUCAAGCUAGUUCUAACGGAAAAUACAGGAACAAGAAAUAUUAAAGGCAUCAUGGUGAAGCUUCCGAAAGCAGCUAAGAUAACUUUGAAUCCAGAAUGCUUCCGUAAUAUGGUGAAUCUUAAAAUUUUUAUAAACCAUAAUGCAUCUCUAUGUGGGGACAUUAACUAUCUGCCCAACGUGUUAAGAUGGAUUGAUUGGGAUGGAUAUCAGUUACAAUCUUUGCCACCCAAUUUUCAAGGAAAUCAUCUUGUUAAGUUCAAAAUGUCUCGCAGUCAUAUCAGACAAUUGGAGGGAUUUAAGGUAUGUAUUCAAAAAAUACUUCGAAAAAGUUAUGAUGCCUUGGAAAAUUCUGUGCAACAAGUUUUUCUAGACAUUGCAUGUUUUUUCAAAGGUGAAGCUAAGGACUAUGUGCUACAAAUAGUAAGCAAUUCUAAGAACAAGGUCUCCCGAGAUUGUAUUGAAGUACUCAUUGAGAAGGCAAUGAUAACUAUUGACUAUGGUGGGAUUCAGAUGCAUGACUUACUAGAAAAACUGGGCAAGGAUAUAGUUCAUGAAGAAUCCCCCAAUGAUCCCGGCAAGCGUAGUAGAUUGUGGUUUUACGAGGAUGUUGAACAAGUUCUAACGGAAAGUACAGGAACAAGAAAUAUUAAAGGCAUCAUGGUGAAGCUUCCAUACCCAACUGAGAUAACCUUAAAUCCAGAAUGCUUCCGUGAUAUGGUAAAUCUUGAAAUUUUCAUAAACCGUAAUGCAUCUCUAUGUGGGCACAUUAACAAUCUGCCCAACGCCUUAAGAUUUAUUAAUUGGGAUAGAUGUCAGUUACAAUCUUUGCCACCCAAUUUUCAAGGAAAUCAUCUUGUUGAGUUCAAUAUGCCUCGAAGUCAUAUCAGACAAUUGGAAGGAUUUAACUUUAAGCAUUCGCCAAAUCUGACAAUUAUGAAUUUGAAGGGUUGUCAAUUCUUAGAAAAAAUCCCUGACUUAUCUGGAAUCCCAAACAUAAAGUACUUGAAUCUAAGCAUGUGCACACGUUUGGUUGAGGUUGAUGGUUCUGUUGGAUUUCUUGAUAAACUUGUUGAAUUGGAUCUUUCUGGAUGCGUUAAGCUUAUGAGGUUUGGAACAACACUUAGACUGAAAUCUCUUGAAGAACUUGAUCUUAGUGAUUGCGGAAGGCUUGAGAGUUUCCCGAAAAUAGAAGUCAAGAUGGAAUCACUACGGAGUUUGGACAUAUCAGGAAGUGGCGUAAGAGAAUUGCCUUCACCAAUUGGAUAUCUUACUGGUCUUGAAACAUUACACGCUGAUUAUUGUGAGGACCUUACAGUUACGGUGAACUCCGAAUUGCUUCCCAACCUAUAUCAAUUUAGUCUCAUGGGAUGCAAUCUAUCAAAAAUUAAUUUCCUCCUGCUCCUUGAUUGCUGGUCCACAGUAACAGAACUUUAUCUAUCGGGAAACAAUUUUGUCAAUCUUCCGAUAUCCUUUAGCAAAUUUGUCAACUUGCUGAAUCUUUACUUGAAUGAUUGCAAGAGUCUUCUGGAAAUUCCAGAACAAGUGCUUCCACGAAGAAUAGAAUCCGUAUUGCUGGAUAACUGCACAUCAUUGGAAAAAAUUCCAAAACUGGCUGGGGUAUUCUUGGAUAACUGCACACCAUUGGAGAAAAUUCCAGAAAUCUCAUCGGUGAAUCACAAAUUUAAUCUGAGUUUGGCCAAUUGCGUUAGACUACGCGGCUACGACAUCACAGAAAAUAUUUUUCUGAAUCAGGCUUCUGUUUCUUCUCCGCAUUCUCAUUUCCACAUUAAUCUUCCAGGCGAUGCAGUUCCAAAGUGGUUCAGCUGUUGUAAAGAUACACCUUAUUCUUCUAGAUGUGAAGUUAGUUUUGAAAUUCCUCCAAAUUUAAAAGGGGAGACAUUAAGAUUGGUUCUGUGUGUUGUUACUCGUGGUACUGCCAAGAUUCUUCUCAAUGGAAAACUCGUCAAUGAGAUAGGGAUUGGAUCAUAUGAUAAAUUCGAUCGUAUUGGAUUCCUGGAAAGUCAUAUGUGCCUCGCGUCUAUUCCAUUAUUGGAUUGGCGAAAGGCGUACGUGCUUAAAGAACCACUGACAAAGCAGGGUAAUACGUGUCAAGUUAUAUUUAACUUUUCAGGCAAUAUGCCCACACUCGUUAAAAUUCCCUACGGGGUCCACCUAUUAGGCCACCAGGUUGUUGAUCAUGGGCCAAUGCAGUUGUUGUUACCUGAUGUGAUGGCAGUGGACGAUGAUAUUUAUGAUGAUCAACACCAAGACUGCGAAUUGCUUUCCUUGUCUUUAGCAUCAAAGACUAAUCUUGGCAAGAGGCCUCGCCAAUCAGAUUACAUGGCACUUCACGAUGAUCAUCGUGCUAACGUCGUCGACAUUGGUGAUCAUGAAGCUCAAUGGCUUACCUUGUUUACGGGACCAGCGGAUCACCAAAAGAGGAGGCACAUUGAUCUCAAUGAGGAGCCAAAGUAUGUAAAUUCAUUAAAUUUUGAAUGAUAUCUUUGCAUUUUCU